CAGGCGGACAGACGGGAGCGCACCAACAGUCUGCAUGACUCCCCGACCGCAUCGCACCUCUGUCCCGCCACACUUUGUCGUCGCUCCCCCCUAAAGAGGAUAAAGAAGGGGUUCUCGAUGCAAAACACAAUCCUGCUUGGGGAGGUCUAAAGUUGGAUGUUUCCUCCAUGUUGGUAUGGCUUAAUAACUAAGUUUCUAGUCUAACCCGCUGCGCACAAGAGGAGGAGAGGAGCGGAACUUUCAGGGGACCUUUCCAAGCACCGGAGUACCCGCUGGUUUUAACCCAGGAGGUGACAUCUGCCACCGGCUUUAUUUCUCUCCAGCCCGUCUGCGGAGGUGGAUGAUAUGGUGUAACUUUUCCGCUCCAGUCGAACCUGACAGAGGAGCCGUUUUAUGGUACCGGAGAGGGGAUGCGAGCCUCUCCUCCGUCUCGGAUAGCGGAGCGGCUAUGAGGAGAGAGGAUCACCUGCUGGGCUAACAGAAGAAAGACCACACCGCACCAACAGAAUGCGGGAACGGGGUCCUUGCAUUUGUGGAGUGGGUGUGUGGAGUCUACUGCUGUCCCUCUGUCUGGCCUCACUCACACAGGCGCACAGGAGCCACACAGUGCAUGUGAAGGCAGGGACGUGUGAGGUGAUAGCAGCCCAUCGCUGCUGCAACAAGAACAAGAUCGAGGAGAGAUCUCAGACUGUCAAAUGUUCCUGCUUCCCUGGACAGGUUGCUGGCACCACCCGGGCCAUGCCCUCCUGUGUUGAUGCCUCCAUUGUAGCCCAGAAGUGGUGGUGUCAGAUGCAGCCGUGCAUGGAUGGCGAGGAGUGUAAGGUUCUCCCAGACCUCACAGGAUGGAGCUGCAGCACAGGCAACAAAGUCAAGACCACAAAGGUGACCCGAUAGUCCUGCCCGUCUGAAGAAGAGCAGGAAUGGCGGUGGAGUUACUUACACAGCACAAUGGACCUAUCAGUGGUGAGGGAACGCACUCAGACGGACUUCUAUGAGGAACCAGUAAUUGUUUCAUUUUUUCUGAGGAUAUCCAAGAUGUGGAGGCUGAGGAGACAGGACUCUAACACCGUCUUCCAUCACCUUAAACACAACUGAGUGUCCUUGGUCCUUUACCGCAGAGGACUGCAUCACCCACAAUCCUUUACUGCUACUACAAACUCUAAAAGAAAGUGAACUAUGACCUAAACAGCACUUGAUUAGACAACAAAAAAAACGACUUUCUUUACAGCAAUCUGUAUCCUUCAUCUCUCUUCUAUGGCUUAGUUGUGUUCUAUACACAUACUGGGGAUAAAGGCGAUCUGGAUUUUAGACAGCUACCCUGCAUUACGAACGUCACUACAAAAAAAGUUGGAGGGAGGGGGGAAUGGAUCCCAGAACGGCUGUCUCAUGUAGUCGGGAAGACACAUUUAAAUUUAACUGUGCCACACAUGACACACUUGAUGCUGUCAAAAUGUUUCUCAGAUCUGAAACGGAAACCUUUUCUUUUUUCAGAUUUCACCUCCGUAAGAAUAUUUUACCUUGAAUAGUUUGUGGCUUACCACAUGCCAUUUUUUAAAAUGGGGAGACGGUUUGUCAGUCUUCUUCUUUCUUUUGUUUUUUGACAAAGGACAAAAUCCUUUCAGGGGUGAGGUUAGACUAAUACCAAGUAGAUGUUACGGUAUAUUGAAACAUGUAAACGUGUAUAAAAAAGAAAAAAAGAAAGAAAAAAAAAGUCCAUGGAAUCAACGGGGCUAAAAAUACAAUGACGCUCUAAUGGUUUUAAUAUCUGUGUUUUUAAACGCCUGUUAACCGCUAUUGAGUACAUGUGU